GCCUACGCAGACCCUCAACCUGGGGUCCCCCCUGGGUUUUAUUAGUUGUUCGGCGUGCGGCUGUGUUGCGCCGCGUUUCCUCCUCAAGACUUGCCAAGAAUUUCUCGAGAUCGAAGUGCAGUUCAAACGGAUUUUACAAACUACUAUUCGCCACUUGCCAAUCGAUCACUUUAUUUUUUUUAUUCUGUGAUUUCUUUGUGGAGUUCUUCAGUGAUUGUGAGACUGUCUCUGGAUUUUUACAUUUUGUGAUUGUUAUUUGGAUUUUUUUUAUACUUUUUCAAGGUGAAAUUCAGAGGAAAGACCAAGUUGAUUAUUUAUUAUUGAUAAUGAAGUGAAUUUAUUCGUUUAUGAUGGUCGAACUGGAUUCGGCUGGCACUGGUGUGGGAGAUUCUCGUCCCAAUAUUGUUGAUACUUCUGGUAAUUUUGAGGAUACCCCAGGUUCCUCAUCGUCUGGGCUGAAGCCCGCUGAAAGAAGUGUCUCCUUCAAUCGAGACGUCCACGUCAAGAGGAUCGGACGUGGAGCACCGAGGGUGACAUCAGCCCUAGCUGGAGAUGGUGAAGGCAGGUUGAUGCCGACACCCGUCCACAAAGAGAGCAUCGGCACCAGAAGCAAAGAGGACCUCGCCCAUGAGGCUGCUCUUGUUCUUCAACAAGCUGAGAGUCUGAACUGUGUAGCACGUGACAAUAGACGACAGCCAAGUAAAUUCAAUACAUUACCAGCAAGACGUGGUACCAAGAAGCGCAUCGAUUCAUCCCCCAACGAUAAUCGUGCAAGUGAGAUUACCGGUGAAUCACCAACAACAAAGCGCAAGAAGAAGUUGGACAGGAGUGUGAGCGAUGCUAGUGCGCAGAAGCACAAGAGCCCACUGGCUAAGUUGUUUACACCCAAGUUGGAGCGCAAGCACAAUGGAACUGUUAAGAGAAGUGUGAGUGACGCUGGUACGUCUGAUCGUGAGAAGAUAAGACGUAAGCGAAGUGGAAGUGAUAACGAGACUGGUGAUACAUCAUCACCAACUCCAUCGACCAGAAUCAAGAAGCAGUUGUCACCGAUAAUUGAAGCGUCACCUCAGGUUGACAAGCCUUUUGAUUUUACUGGUCAACUCAAGCCACGCGAGCAUAUUGUCCACAUUCAAACUGAAGUCGAGAGGGACGAGGUUGACGAGGCUCGGGAUAUGCCUCACAGUAGCAGAUACGAUAGUCGUGAUACAGGAUCAACAAUACGCAAAAUGAUACACAGACUGUCUAAUGAUCGCUCACCUCCACCACGUUUGACCAGCACCAUGGUUGCACCUGGACCGGGCUUUGGCCAUAAUAAUAAUCGACCCUUUUCAUACACAAGACCCAACGAUGAUGUGACCCAGCCCUCGGGAAGCAUUACCAUUUCCGAUAAGAAGAGACCACAGAGAAGUCACUCGGACAGUGAUGAGGGACUUGGGUUGGAUCGGAAGGACUCGUCCAGGGAAAACAGCCCGGCGGAAAAGGAUUACCGAGGGGUACCCUAUAAUCCUUUCUACGAGACACGUAGGAAUGGCGAGAUCAACGGGUUUGACAGUCGUUAUGACAAGCCUGACAGGUACACUUCCAAGAUAUUCGUUCAGGAGGAUACCAAUCGAAACCUUGGAGGUAUCACGAGUAAGACCAGCGAAUUGAGUGCUCGGAGGGACCUUUUGGAAUCCAGGAUGAAAUCCAGGCUGUUGAACGAGGAUCCCUUCUCGGGGAAGGGCAAUGGUAUCUUCAGGAAAACCGAGCACGAGAUCAUAGACAAGCCGAUUGUCCCUUCUCCGGUCACUCCAGAUCGAGUCUCAUCACCGAAACGGUAUUCGGAGACGUACAUCUCGGAGACGAGGACCAACAGUAAUGGGGAGAAAUACAUCUUCGAGAAAGAGUUGAGGGAGGACAAUGGUAAGGUCUUUGGAUUUGAGAAGAAGAUCACCAACAAGAUCCCACCGAAUUACGCGGAGCCAUCGCCAGUCCGGGGAAACGGUUACAAGGUCGAAACAAGGACAGACAAGCAUGGAGACAAGUACAUAAUCGAGACGAAGUUGCACGACGACUAUAACGAGGGGGAGUUCAAACCCUUCAUGAGUGACAAGAGUCGAACGAGCCCGGAGGAGCGGUUUGAGACCCUCGGCAACAAGGUAUCCUACGUCAAAGCACCGGUUACCGUUAAUAGAUUUAUCGAGAAUCGGGAGUUCUCCAAGAGUGAGGAUUUCCUGGACCGCGAACCACGUAAUGUCUCCAGGCGGCGCGACCUGUACGUUCCCAAGAUGCGAAAGAACUUGGAGACGAUUCGGGGUAUCAGCAAAUCCAGUCAACGGCUGGAUGAGGUCGUUGAGAAGAGCCUACCGAGAUCCGGAUACAUGACGAGAUCCCACGAGAACCUACGCCUGGACAGUGACUAUGUGAAUACUCGGGACUUUCGUCGAGCGAAUGGCCGGCAAGCUUAUCGCAACGACAUCCGAGAUGGUAGACUCAAUGAUGAUUAUGAUACUGACAUAUCCCAGAUGACUAACAGCCACUUGGAGACAAAUGGCUACUACGAUAAGGAGAAUCGUAGAACUAGCCAGAUAAGAAAGAGAUACAAUGGAAGUUAUGAUGGCUCACCACCGUCUCGUGUGCGGAAUGACUCGGAGCGCGGUUACAACUCCAGCAGAUACGAUUCGGACGCAACCGGUGGGAGGGAAUCAGUGCAUCGUCGAGAGGUUCGUUAUCGGACGGAGGAGACGUCGAGAAGCGUUAGAAAGGAGCACCGAAAGAUCCCAGAGGAGCGAUCUGUGCCGCUUCGAGGAUCGAGGAAUCGGCUAGAUUACUUGGAUGAUUCCGAAUCAGCGAGGGAGAGUCCAAGGGGUGGAAAAACGAGGCUCCAUCAGAGUAGGUUGGAGACCUUUGACGAGAGCCCGGAGAUGACGCCCCGUGUAUUUCACGAGAGCAAGGUCAGGAGGGAGAGACACGAGUCGAGGCACAGAGAAACGGGGCUGACCGAUCCCGACAGGAAGGAUCGGCUUGCUGAUUCUGGGAUUGAGAACGAUUACCGCAGGGACUCCCAGGAAGCCGAUCGACGAGAGCCCCUUGAGUCUGAGGAUGAGGGCUUUGUCACUCUUCAGUUCAUCAAACACGAGCGCAAACACACCGAUCGAAAUAUGAACCUGACGCCGUUGGAGAAGCGCAGGUACGACAAGUACACCAGUAAAGUCACAUCCAAGCCUCCGUCCGGGCUCAACGACAAGAAGUUUGAGAAGAAGGUAACCAAGAAAAGUGGGACCAUGAGCAAAGUCAGACAGUUGUUCGGGAAGAAGGAGAAGAAGGAUAAAGAAGAGAAGAACAAGAUGAAGAGACGUCCUGGGGAUGCAGAUGGCAGCAGCAGUGGUGGCACUGGUGCUCUCACUGAUGAUGAGGUCACUCAGAGGUACAAGGAGUAUCGGGGGGACAGGCUCAGGAGUGCUAAAAGUGCCAGGGAUCUUGACUACGAUAUUGAACAGGAAUACCGAGAAAGACGUCGUUUAUCAACUCCAAGUGAGAGUCCAAGUCCCGGUAGACCAACCCGACUGUCUCGUUCAACUGGCACAUUGACCCACGAAGAAUCCUACUUGGAAUCCACCACAACCCUCACAAGAGAGAACCAAACGCCCCCCGAGACCAAAGGAUGGUUCAAAUCCCUCUCUCGAAAGAACAAAACGAGUACCAAGAAUGUUGACAAAAAAUCACGAAUACCCGAGAGUGAGAUUAUGACGACGGGAACUGAGGACGAGGAGGUAUCAUCAGCUGCUCCAGAGCGCAUAUCCGCAAACAAGAACAUUCGUUUUUGCGGAGACACCGAUCAAGAGUCACUGUCGUCCCACCGUGAUCUACACAGCAGAAAUAAACGAGACGAUCAGCACGUACCAUCGAGACGUGAAAAAACGAUAAUUAACGCGGUACGCCAGGGAAUUGUUAAUGGAGCGAGAAAACCCGUAAGGCAUGCGGAGAGUGCACUAUCCUCUGGUGAAAGUACCACAGGUGACAGCAGCCAGCAGAGCCAGAAUUCACAAAGGUCACAGAGAUCUGUUGUGUAUCUUCAUGCUGCGACCGUCGGCGAAAUUCCAGGACCGAAUGAACGCCGACGGGCAGCUAGCAGGGAGGAGCUCAAUCGUCCAUUGCAAUCACAUACGCGUACUGUAUCAAGAAGUGUUAGUGUAUUAGCACCUUGGAAGCCACGGCACUACAGAGAGCCAUUUGAGAUUAAUUACGAUCAGCAGUAUCACAAGCCAACGACUACCCUCAGACGCAGGCAACGAAGUCGAGAUGAGGCGACACUCGGCAGAAAGGGCAAAGAUCCAUCGCGAAGGAGCAAAGACAAUUUAUCCAAAACUGGAACGAUGAGUCGGAGCACAUUGAAAUCGAAGGACAAGCAAAAAGUCGACAGAACGGUAUCAACAGAGUCCCUUCAGCACAGUAGGGCCCCGAAAAAUGGUACCUCAAGGGUGGAACUGAAUAGGUCUACCUCAGUUCCACGUGAUCCAAACAAGAGCGCUGGAUGGUUCAAAAUCAAGAGCAAAAAGUCACGCGCUUGAUGGGAUAGGCCAUUCUCCAAAUGCUAGUCUUGAGUUUUCUUUUCUUAAUUAAUUAAAGAACGUGGAAAAAAAAAAUGAUUAUUCGCCCCCUCUCCUCUCCCCACCCCUGUCUUUGCGAAUAGUUUAUCAACCUCUCCUUCCUCGUAACGAUCCUUACAGCUUCAUUAGACAUUGGAAUUUACCAGUUAAUUGUAUUAUUCUAAAACAAACAAAUGCCUCGAACAAAUAAUUUUACUACUGUUGAAUCAUUCAAGUUAAUUGAACUAAUUUUCAUUAUUCCUUUCUGAGAAUUUCAAUUCUAGGUUUAUUACUAUUUCUCCACUAUCGAGUUGUAUGUAUACACUGCAAUUACACUGACACAUACACACGAUGGAUAAACAAAAGGAAUAAACAAAUUGAUAAUUACUAA